CCAUGCUGCUGUUACUCGCGAUCCUCUGGAUCCUCUGCGAUGCUGGAGGCGGACAGCAGCACCAGCAGCAACAACAGCAGCAGCAGAGGGCCCGGUUCACGCCGGUUCACCGUUUUCCACCGCCACCGAUCGUCCCAGUUCCCGGGGGUGGUGUCAAGAUCAGCCCCGAGCUGAUCAACCAGGCGCUUCAGCUCCCGCCCAACUACCAGGGUCAGGGGUCCGGAUUUGCGCCGCAGAGGAUGACUCAGCUGACUAUAUCUCAGGGUGCGUUGCGCGGAAGGAUGUCCAGCACUCCCAGUGGGAAAGGCAUGGUGGCCUUCAUGGGCGUGCCUUACGCGGCGGCUCCCAUCGGACCCCUGCGGUUCAAGCCUCCCGUGGGUCACCCCGGUUGGAGCUCGGUGCUCGACUCGACGGCGUUCCGGUCGGCGUGCCCGCAGUUCGACUACCGGGGCAGGAUUGUGGGCAACGAAGACUGCCUCUUCCUCAACGUCUUCACGCCGGGAGUCCGGCCCGGUCAGCAGCAGCCCAGCUACCCGGUGAUGGUGUUCGUCCACGGCGGCAACUUCGAGUCCGGAGCGGCCAGUCAGUACGGGCCCGAGCGUCUGGUGGACAAGGACGUCGUCGUGGUCACCAUCAACUACCGGAUAGGCAUCCUGGGGUUUCUGAGCACGGGCGACAACGUGUGUCCCGGAAACCUGGGCCUGCUGGACCAGAACCUGGCGCUCAAGUGGGUGCGCGACAACGUGGGGCACUUCGGCGGAGACCCCGGUCGGGUUACGCUCUUCGGACAGGGAUCGGGCGCCGUCAGUGUCUUCCUGCACAUCCUUUCGCCGCUCAGUCAAGGUCUGUUCCAGCGAGCCAUCGCCGAGAGCGGCUCCCCGCUCAGCGACUGGAGCAUCGAGCCCAAGCCGACCCAGUUCAAGGCCACCGUGGCCGAAGGGUCUGGCUGCAAAGGAGACGGGACCUCGUACGCCUUCAUCGAGUGCCUGUCACAGACGCCCACCAGCGAGCUCUUGCGGAUACAGCAGGAGAGCAAGAUGUUCGGAGAUUUUCCUAUCCGGACUGCCCCAGUGGUGGAAACCUUCAACCCCCAGGGCGCUUUCCUGCCUGAAGACCCGAUGACUCUGCUCGACCGCGGAGACUUCAGACGACUGCCUCUCAUUGCUGGAAUUAACAAAGACGAGACGGCAUUUUUUUAUCCCUUUCUUUCGGGCUACAUGAGGCAGCAGGCAGCGCGCAGUCCUUCCUACGUGCGGAACAUGCUGCUGCCGCAGUUCUUCAGCAGCGCUCUGCGGUACGACAGGCCGUCGCCAGAUGUCCUCGACUCAGUCGACGACUUCUACUUCAAGUACAUCAACCCUCUGGAUACCAACAACAUGAUCCGCGCUUUCAUUAACAUGUCGACGGACGCCAUGUUUGUCUCCGGCAACCACGCCACGUUGACGAGGUAUUCUCGCCACGAGCCUGCAACGCACAUGUACGUCUUCGAGUACCGCGGCGAUUCCAGCCUGCUGGACGCGCGCCUGGGCUUCCAGAGACAGCCUUUCGAUUUGGGGGUUUCGAACGGCGACGAGCUCAUCUACCUGUUCCAGGUGACGGCGGACGGGUUGCGCCCCCUGUCGAACCUCGACUAUCUCGUCAGCAACCGGAUCGUGAACCUAUGGACGGACUUCGCUAAGAGCGGGGAAGCACCGCAGUUCUCCAACUUCGAAUAUCCCCGGUGGCCGCGAGUGACGCCAAGCAACGUGUCCACGUAUGUCAUCGGUCGGGCCCUGAUACCGGCGCCAGAGUACAAGCCCGAAGCCUCGCGAUUCUGGGCCAGUGUCUCUCCCGCCCAGAUGGGAUGGCGCGACAGCUCGACCAUGUCAGGCGCCCUGGUCACAACAAGCGGCUACGUGGAGCCGCUGUAUAGGACACUCUCUUGGGCUAUGGUCGCGGUGGCCAUAGCUCUGGCCAUCGUCGUCGUUGUGCUCCUCGUUGUGCUCUACAACCAGAAGAAGAGCCAGAGCUUCCGGGCCAGUUCGGAUUUCGACAACUCUCGGAUGUCGGGAUCCACGCUCUACUGAUCCCAAAGUAGCACCACUCGAAUCCGUGGCCAUACGUAGAAAGCAAGGUUUCUGUAGGUUGUAGAGUUUUACUCUAAGCUUGUUUACAUCUUGCGGAGUGUAGGUGACUCGUUGCGUAAUUAGUAUCCUUAUCGGGCAAACAAAACCGAAGGAGAUGUCCUGCGAAGAGAGAGGCCUCCAUCUGACUCUGAUGUUUACGGUGCAGUUUUUUUCUUUUCUUUUUUGGAAGUUUAAGUUAGCAUCUUUCCGAGUGUUAACGUGCAGAUUGUUACCACACACAACCUUUCUUUCUUCAGAAUGGUCAAAUUGAUUAGAGUAUUUUCUCCAUUUGUUUGAACCUGAUGAUGUCAGUUUUUAGACAAGUCAUUUACACUCACGAACGGGCAAAUAAGUUGAAAAAUUUUACGAGAGGUACCGUGAAUGAUUCUCUAAGCUACAUACUUUUGUAGUCCUGCAGCAGAGGUCUCUGAGACAUCUGGCAAGGCAGAGUGUGGAUAUGCCUGGCUCUUUUUUUAGUCGCAGCCAAUUACAGUUUCCGUGAACUUAGCCAGGUGGCGCCAGGCAUUCUUGACGGUUUAUUAGACAUUUAGAAACGUUCGCGUGAAGUUUAUCCGAGUGUGUUGUUUCCCACUUUUUGUAUUAAUACACGCAGCGAUGAACCUGCACGAAGGGCGACGGUUACUCAGUGUUGGCUACUCAGUGACCAUGACUCCAAGUACGCCUUCUCCAAUUGUGAGGCAGUGUGUUGUGGAAGCCCUUAUGUAGUCCGUUUCUCAACUAGGACGCUCAGCUGCGUAUCAUUUCUUUCUCGGAUUAUGUUUUUGUAAAAAGCCAUUGCGAUGCAUUGUACAUAAUGUUUGAUUAUAACUUAGUAUUUAACUUUUUUUCUUUUGUAAAUGUAACUUUAAGGAAAGUAGCACGUCUAUGCCCAUAAAUGAAAGUAGUUCCCGUCCGGCACGUGUAUUACAUUGAUUACUACUUUCACCUGUGUUUUUGAGUGCGCAUCUAUGAAUCCCGCGAGAGCUAAAAACGUUGUCCCGUGAAAAUGCUCCACUUAACUGACAACGAAUAAAACAUCAUCUGUUUUUACUGUUAAAA